AUGCCGUAUUAUCGCAAUCUCGCUCUUCUCCCUCUCUUAGGCCUAAGCAUCGCUGCUCCCUCGCAGGUUGAGCGCUCACCUGAUUCAGUAUUCAAACCUCGCGCCGUCUGCACGCCCACAGCUGGUGGAAGUUCUUCGAUCGACGAUGUACCAGCCAUCAGGAAGGCCAUUUCCUCGUGCGGCAAUGGAGGCACGAUAGUAUUUCCCGCUGGGUCGACCUACUAUUUGAACAGUGUGUUGGAUCUUGCUGGGUGCUCGAACUGCGAUAUGCAAGUCGAAGGUCUACUCAAGUUCAGUGGCUCGACCGACUACUGGGGUGGCAAGACCGCUAUGAUCAAUAUCAAUAAGAUCAAUGGCUUGAAGCUCCGAUCUUUGACGGGGUCAGGUGUCAUCGACGGCAACGGACAGAAUGCAUACGAUCUUUUUGCCUCUAAUAGCAGCUAUGACCGUCCCACUCUGCUCUACAUCAGUGGCGGUAGCAACAUCGAAGUAUCGGGCCUCCGCCAGAAGAACCCCCGAAUCACGCAUGUCACCAUCUCCUCCGUCAACGUGAGCAACGACGACGACUGUGUGGCCUUGAAGCCAGGCUGCAACUACGUGACCGUCGAGGAUGUCACCUGCACCGGGUCCCACGGUAUUUCCGUCGGCUCACUGGGCAAAAGCAGCGCCGAUACAGUGCAGAAUGCCUACUUGCAUCGCAUCACCAUGAUCGAUUCGACCAAGGCAGCCGGUAUCAAGACCUAUCCGAGCGGAAACGGCCAUGGCUUGUCCACAGUCAAGAACGUGACUUUCUCCGACUUCACAGUGCAGGGGUGCGACUAUGCCUUCCAGAUCCAGAGCUGCUAUGGCGAAAGCGCCUCCUACUGCGCGAGCAACCCCGGCAAUGCCAUUUUGCAGGAUAUCAUCGUCAAGGGGUUCUCGGGAACCACGAGCGGCAAGAACGACCCGGUUGUCGCAAACCUGAAUUGUGGCGCCAGUGGCACUUGCGACGUUAGUAUCAGUGAUUUUAGGGUCAAGGCACCAUCUGGAAAGGCAACCGUUCUGUGUGCUAACACGCCUUCAAGCCUGGGUGUGACCUGCACCUCAGGUGCUUCGGGUUAA